AUGGAUGGAUUAAUGAAUGUAAAAAAACUUGAAAAUUUUGUGAAAUCGCAACAAAAUUCCUUCAAAUCUCUUUUUCAAAGAAAGCAAUCAGGCUCUUUCGCUCUUGCCGUCGAUGAAGAUUCGAAACCUGAAUCCCCCAAAAUCAUUCCCCAACUCUCUCCUUUCGCGAAUUCAGUCGUCGCUCGUUGUUCCAAGGUUCUUGGUAUUUCAACUCAUGAGUUGCAACAUCGUUUUGACAUUGAACUCCCUGAGAGUGUCAAGCAACUUUUCACCUACGCUAGGAACUUCGUUGAAUUUGUCUCCUACCAAACAAUUGAUGUCUUUACUACCCAACCUGAUUUCUUGACUGACAAGGAAUUUCGUCGCUUAACAUACGAUAUGAUGCUUGCUUGGGAGACUCCUUGUAUCGAGUUCCACCUAGAAGAAAAGGAAACUUCACCUUCUGCUGGGAGUCAAGAAGAAGAUGAGGAUAGCCCAUCACUGUUUUCUUCAAGCUCUACAAAUAUGGCCAUUCAAGUUGAUGACGCCAAGACAGUUGGUCGAGAAGCUUUUGCCCGUAUAGCUCCAGCUUGUGUUGCUAUUGCCGAUAUAAUAACAGUCCACAAUCUGUUUGAUGCUCUCACGAGCUCUACUUCAGGCCUAAAAUUACACUUCCUCAUAUAUGAUAAAUAUCUUCACACCCUAGACAAGAACAUCAAAGCUACAAAACUCAUACCAAAGCCUUCAACAAAUAAUGUUGAGCUUGACGAUGGAGAGAUUAUCCUUGAUGCUGAUGGUACAAUUCCUACUCAACCCGUUCUGCAACACAUUGGAAUCUCAGCAUGGCCAGGGCGAUUGAUACUAACUAACUAUGCUAUCUACUUCGAAUCAUUGGGUGUUGCUUUAUAUGAGAAGGCUACGAGAUAUGAUCUAGCCACAGACAUGAAGCAGGUCAUCAAACCCGAUUUAACUGGUCCACUUGGUGCUCGUGUUUUCGAUAAAGCCGUCAUGUACAAAUCAAUAGCCAACUCAGAUCCUGUGUAUUUCGAAUUCCCUGAAUUCAAAGGGAACUCCCGACGAGACUACUGGCUGGAUGUCUGCCUGGAGAUCUUACAUGCACACAGAUUUAUCAGAAGAAGUAACCUCAAAGAAGUUCAAGAGUUGGACAUUCUUGCUAGGGCUUCUUUAGGCAUCCUAAGAUAUCAUGCAAUACGUGAAGCUUUCUCCUUCUUCGCAUCACAGUACAAGAGCCUCUUGGUGUUCAGCCUAGCUGAAAGUCUUCCCAAAGGAGACAAGAUUUUGCAUACUCUAUUGAGUCGUAUAACACUUCAUAACACAUCGUUGAAUUCUGAUGAAUGUUCGAAGUUGUCGCCUACCAAAAGAUCUGCUUCAUCACCGCCUGCAUUGUUAGCACUUAGUCGACUUGGGUUCACCUUAAGUAAGGGAGAAUCAUAUCUUGAGGGAGUAAAGGCAGUUGUAGGAGACCUAAUCGUUGGAGAGAUAAACCCUUUAGAAGUAGUGGUGAAACAAUCAAUGCAGGCUAUUGGAAAAGCUGAAGCUGCCCAAGCAACUGUAGACAAGGUCAAGGUGGAGGGCAUUGACACGAAUAUUGCUGUGAUGAAGGAUCUGCUGUUUCCAGUUACUAAGAUAGUAAAUCGUAUGAAAGUUUUGGCCUCAUGGCGUGAUCCUUUUAAGUCGAUACUGUUUCUAGUUCUGGGUUGCUUUACUAUUUUAAGAGGUUGGACAAGAUAUUUGGCUUCUUCCAUCUUGAUCUAUGGUGCAUUGUCCAUAUUUUGGCGAAGACACUUCAAUAAGAAGAAGUCCUUAGAGCCCUUUAGGGUUACUGCUCCAGCCAACAAAAACGCUGUGGAACAAUUGCUGACAUUACAGGAGGCCAUUGCACAAGUUGAAACAUUGGUCCAAGAUGGCAAUGUCAUUCUUCUAAAGAUAAGAGCUCUUCUCUUCUCUAUUCUCCCACAGGCAACAGAGAAACUUGCUAUGAUGCUAAUUUUAGUAGCUAUCAUGCUGAUGAUUAUACCUCUAAGGCAUCUCAUGUUGCUGGUGUUCCUAGAGACUUUUACCAGGGAAAUGCCUUACAGGAAAGAAAGUAGUGAUAGAUGGGCGAGGAGGUUACGAGAAUGGUGGAUUAGAAUCCCGGCAGCUCCAGUCCAGGUUGUUAAAGUUGAUGAUAAAAAGAAGAAAUGAACGACUCUUAAGUAUUUUCAUUUUAUGUCAACUGGAAAUAGUGAAGCUAAUUGAUGAGGAUCCUACAGAAGUUUAAUUUUUAAAAUACUGUGUGCGAG